GAACUAUUAAGAGCAGUGGCACUGCUGGGAAGCCACUCAGAUAUUUGGCCAUCUAGAGGAAGAGGAUCACAUAGUGUGAGUCUGGGAGAUAGCCUACAAGAGCAGCAUGAUAGGAAGUAAUAAGGGAAUGGGAAGAAAGUGAUUCUAGUUGCUUCACACAGGGUCCCUUGACUAGAACCUAGAGAAAUGGGUGAGACUAGAUUCCCCUCCCAAUCCCAGAAGAGGGGUUUGAACUGCAAGAUGCCUGAGGCUGUUGACUCUUUACUAAGGUUACUGGCUUGCUGACUCAGCAGAUAUGUUACCCCUGAAGAGGGGAAAGGCUACUAAAGAUCUGGUUAGAGGGCUGGAGUCACAACAAGGAACUACCAGAGAUGGUGCUAAAUGUUGAUGGGCUGAACAAAGGGGAAACUGAGGCAGACUCACCAAAACCCCUUUUCAACUGUGGGAGAAGGGAUACCAGUAGCUGAAAGCAAGCCUGGGCAGUGACAUACCCUCUUUCAGGCACCAUAGAAGGAGUAAGGAAGCACUUUGUUUAGUGAAACUGGCAGAAACUAAUUUACUUUGGUCAAAUUGGGUAUUGAGAUGAAAGUAACCUUUGGAACGUUAUUAUGGAAGCAACAUUGUAGGAGGGGUGACUAGUGAGGUGCUUGACAGAGGGUGUGUGGCAGAUCACUGGGAGGUCAGCUGCUAAGUGUACAAAGCGAGUGGUGACUCAAGAAGAUUUCUGAUAAUUUUGUUUGGUCACUAGCAUCACCAACCAGACACAAAUUAUUGGAUUUUACUUAUUUAAUUAAAUGGCUGUGGACAGUGGAGCCACAUGGUGAGGCCUGAGCAGAGCUAACCCAGGUAGAUCAAAAGAGAUUUCCCUGGCUGCAAAUCUAGGAGCUAAGAUAUUGGUUUCAGGGUUUGUGUUGGAAGGAGAAAGCCAGAGAAUAAGUUGUGAAUAUUCUGACCCUGAAAGAAAGCAGAGAGAUGUGGCUACUUGGGCACUCAUCUCACUGGAGGGGCAGACUUUGGGGUGAGGGGUCUGAGCAAGAAAACUACCUGCUGCUGUUGGUUUCUAGUAUGUUCAGGGAAACAGGACUUUUAGGAUAUCCUCGGUAAAUUAAAAUAGAAUAUAUCUGUGUCACUGACUUCUAACAAAACAAUCCUGCAUGCCCCUUUACAGCAGCUGCUCAGGCCAAAAGGAGCUACUUUGUGUCUCUGUUGGGGACCAGGGGUUGGGUGCUUACCUCCCUCAAGAUGAUAAAUCUGUUCUCCCUGACCUCAAAUUGCAGCCCCAGCUUCAGCUGCUGGGGACCUACCACUUCUCCAUUCACAAGGGUCAGUUGGUCAUAGACCUGGCUUAGCAUCCAAUCAGAUUGCUGCUCUUGGAUGAAAUGGGUGUCAGGCUACAACGUAGGCCUCCAGCAGCAUGUAGUCCCUGGACCAUCAGGGGUAUAGGAAGUUGAAGAUCCCCGUGACCUGGUCAGAAGUCCCCUAGCCAGGGUCCUGUCCUCUCCUAUCUCUGCCAAUUUUGCAGGUUCUGAGAGUUCUUCUGUCUGACCAAGGGCUGUUCCGUCAGGUAGCCAGCCUCCUCAUUCUUUCUGAACCUGUGCCAGGUGUUCCCAGUCUCUCCCCAGAAUGAUUGGACAGGCCAGAGGUGAGGCUAGCUGCAAACAGAGAGCCCUAGUGUGUUUUCCCCAUAAGUAGUCACACCUCCCUAGUAGGGCAGGGACUCACAUCUCUGUGUAUGCACUGCAGGAGAAUAAUUUCCCCUGUCUUGCCCCCAUGAUCAACUAACUGGUCUCUGACUAGGGCCUGGCUACCCCCUGAGUGCAUGAGGGCUGUGAUGUCCUACCCAGACUGUACAACCAGCUUGGCAAGGCUUCUUUCCGAUGCCUGGGUUUCUGCCAUCUGUGGUUACAGCCCAUAGAGAGCCAAUAUCACCAUAGAUGUCCUGACAGUCCAUGUGAAAACAGACCCCUGGGGUUGGAUGAGAGGUCUGUCCCAUGUCCUGAGUGAAGUUUUCCCAAUUGCGUGUCUUCCUCCCCAACCAGUGGAGUUGGAUUUGCUUAUGAUCUGCCCUUCUGGGUUCAGCCCUAGGUUGUCCCAACUUCUCAGUCAUCUCUGUUAGUGUCUGGGACCUUAACGUACCUCUUGCAGGCCUUGGGGAAAAGCUUGGGGAGGCUCUUUCAUCUAUCUGGCCCUAAAUUCAAACUACACCAGAACUCUGGCUGGUUAUAUCCCUCGACAAUAUUCAUCACCAUGCACUUUUGACAGAUUUCCAUGCCCAAUUUGGGGCUUUGUCCCAUCCUCCCACCCCGUCUCUGCUGGCGCCAAAGUUUGGUGUCAUUGGCCAUUUUGAAAUUUGUGUGUGUUUUGAAUAGGGGAAAUGUGGUGUGUUUGUGCUUGGAUACAUUUAGAGAAAAAGGUUGAAAGACUAGAGUGAGAGAGUUUGGGUAAGGCUUAGAGAAAAAAAGAGAGAGGUUAUUUUGAUGUGAUUGAGUAAGGAGAGCUGUUGGUAAAGGGCAGGUUAUUCAAGAAAAGAGUGUUGGUGUUACUGAACACAUGCAGAGUGAAACAUCUUACCCCACCACUGCUGGUAGUGAAAUGAUCGCUGGUUUGGGCCAUGCUCCUGGGGAGCUAGCCCCGCCUUUUGGUGGACCAAUCAGAGGCUGUUUUACAGCUAGGUCACAGAAUGCACAUGUUUAAAAUCUCAAACUACAGGAUUGGGUCAACAAAAGCCUUUUAGAAAUGGACUAUUGUGGGGUGAGUUAUUUGAAAAACUCUAACCAAUGAGCAUUUGGCCAGCUGUAUAAACCAUUAUUUUUGCGAGCGGAGUUUUAAAACCAAGAGCCUAGACACAAAGACACGUGCAUGUACAAGACACCUACAGAUGCCAAAAAGCUGGAACUAUCCCUGGGCGCACCAGAGUGUAUUCAGAAGAGAAGACCCCUUAACGCUUAUUUUGCUAACGAGACAGGACCAUUGCCGAACCCCGUAUUUCAUCCUGAAAGUGAACCAAAGAAACAGGAAGACUUUAUGGAGCCACAGCCCUUGGUAAAAGGGAAAAAAAAGGAUAAAGUGCGAAAAAAAUUGUUGCCAGCUUUGGAGGAAGCAGACUCAAAGGCAGAGAUAGGAAUGGAAGAAGAACCUGCAUAUGAGGACAUGGCAACGGAGGGACCAUCGGUGGAUAGCAAUGUUGAGAACCAACUGAUAGACCCCGAGUCCUGGAAAGAUGGUGACGUUGUUACUGGCAAAGCAACAGAAGCGCAUGAUGAGGUUGCUGAAACGAUGACCAACGGAGCCCCUGUGUGUGCUGAUUCAGAAUCAAAUGACACAGCCUGGGGGUGCAACGAGCGAUUGUCAAAUGUAGACCCAAAAGAACAUGAUGAGGAAGGUGCCACUGGGGCCAACAGUUUGUCGGGGAUGAUUCAGAAUUAGCUGAGGGUACGAUUGAGACCUCUUCAGAGGAGGAAGAGGAUAGAGAGGCGUCCUUUGAGAAGAAUAACUGUGAUAUGCACCUGUUUUUGCAUGAAGCAAGAUUUAAAGAAAGUCUGUGUGUUUAUUUAAAAAAAAAAAAAAAGAGGAUGACCAGCAGAGCUGCGAAGAUAUUAUGACCAAUAUUAGGGCCAUUGUAGUAAAAACCAUUUACCACUGCUUGAAAAAACAACUUUUGGAAAACUGUGCAGCCUGCGUGGUAAAUGAACCCAACCCAUUUAGUCACCCCUGUAUCUUUUUGGGGUCGCUCAGAAGUAUUUCACCAGAUUAGACGUAUUUCUUCUAAAUUGAACAUGACCCCACUUCUAAAUAUAAUUAUAGCCGAAGGCUACAAACUGAAAAAGCUUAACAUGACCAUUGUAACUGAUGUUGUUAAAAUGAUCAGGGAGGUUGCAGAGACAUCUGACACAGUGGCCUUGCUGGUAAGCCUGUCAAAUGAGGUGGCAGCCAAAAUUGGCCUAUCAGUGCGUAGCAGGGUUCGUAAAAUGGAUUAUAAAAUGUUUUACAUGCCAGCUCCUUACCCUAAAGGGUCAAAAAAAUUAACAAUUAAGCUGUAUUGUAAAACAAAGUCUGUAUAACCAUUUCCUAUAUUUUGCUUAUGCAUUAAAUAAAUGUGUAUAGUCGUACCAUAUAUUACUUUGCUGUGUCAUUAA